AUGCAGCCCUACUUCAGCAUACGUGCUCUUCUUAUAGUGACUAUUACCCUGAGUCCAGUGACUGCUGCAGGACAGAGUAAAAAUGAUGCCACCAGAGAAGAUGUCUAUCCCCCUCUGUGGGACCUUGCCCCUGAAAGCCUGCUGAAUUUCCUAGUAAAGGACAACAAAAUUGUCAUCAAUGCUUGGAACUAUCAAGAACGACUGGGGCUGUAUAAGAAUUUGCUAAACUCUUCAACCAAAUAUUUUACUGCCUUUGGAUCCCAAAAUUUUGGCAAUAUUCUCUGGGGAUUACCGUUGCAGCAUGGGUGGCAAUUUCGUACAGGCAGAUUAGCAGAUCCUUCCAGCGUGACUUCCUGUGGCUAUGAAGAUGGAGACCUCUUGUGCAUAUCUGUAAGAAGCUGGUGGUCCUGUAUGAAUUACUACCUGGCUGUCAUCCCCUUUCUGGGGGCAGUGGAGGCUGGCCUGUUUGGGCAGCUGCCCUACGAGAUAGAAAUAUUGCCACCAGAGGAGCGAAGAGCUGAUUUCUGUUACAGUGUUGCUGACUGCCGGUCUCACAUUCCCAAGCUCAUGGAUGACUGGAAGGCCUAUUUUGAAUACCUGUUAUCUACAGAACACAAAGCCGUGAGCUCUGCAACCUUCUCCUCCUUCAGCCUGGAUGGUGCCCUCCAUCUCAUGUGGAAGGCGCAUGUUGCCUCCAUUGCUUAUGCACUGCCCAAGUUUCAGGACAGCUUAAAAUAUCUCUCUGAUCCAGAAAAAAAUUUUGGUGAAGACUGGGCUAAUGCUGUAGAUUUCAUUGCAGCCACACACUUCUCUACAGAUUUACUGACUACACACAGCUUCCAGGCCUUCCUGCCCCAGAGGAUGCUCAUUGAAGGGGAUGCCCUCCCAUCCAUUAGUGACUUCAGUCCACAGCAAAAUAGUGUCCUGCUUUCGCUGAGAGCUCUUCACAAAGCAAAUCGAUUAACAGGAGGACUGCUGUUGAAGCUCUGGCAAAAGGCUAUGUCUACCGAAGCAGGAAGAAAAAUGGGCCGCAAACUGAUUGAAGAAUUGGCUAUGAGCCAGAAGUUUGACCUAGUGGGAAUACAUAAUUUUGAAAGGAGCCGAUUUGACAGUGCCCAGCUUCUUGAGGAAAAGCAGUUCCAACAUUGAUUGAUUUAAUCUUUUAGCAGAUAUGUGUCUGGUAAUCUGGCCUUGGUAAUUCCUUACAGCAGGAUUUCCUGAGUAGCCAUGCGCACAUCUCUCUCACACUGAAUCAAUAUUUUUAUCCUUAAUUUUUCUAAUUAACUUAUUUCUUUAAAUCAAUUCCUUAUAAAUAAAAGACCUCACAGAAAAUCUUACUUUAUUACUUUUUUUGACUUUCUAUAUAAUGUAUCAUUAUUGGA